AUGUGUUCUGCUGCAGCAGCACCUGACAGCAGCACGGCGACAUCAUCUGCUGCAGCAGCACGCAGCAGCAACACCAACAGCAGCAACAGCAGCAACAGCAGCAGCAGCAGCAGCAGCAGCAGCAGGAGAAAACCAAGCCGCCACUUGCUGCAGCUGUGUGAUGCUAUAACAUCUCUCUCGCAGGCUGAAGCAGCAGCUUUCUCUGCUGCAGUGCGUGCCCGUCUGACCCCCACCACAGCAGCAGCAGCAGCAGCAGCAGCAGCAGCAGCAGCAGGCCCAGCAGCAGCAGCAGCAGCAGCAGCAGCAGUGCCUGCGCCAGCUAGACAGAAGCCGCUGCUGCCGCUCUGCCCCUUCCCUCACCCCCUCCCUCUCUUCUUGGGGGGGGCCCCCAUCACUGCGUUGGGGGAGAAGCAGCAGCAGCAGCAACAGCAGCACCUGCAGCAACAGCAGUAG